AUGAAAACAAAAACUGCCCUGAUGAGUUUACUUGCUAUGGAAAUACCUGUCAUCCGUCAUGUAGAAGUGACGUUGUUUGCUUAUCAAAUGAAAAAUGCAUUCGAGGAAUUUGUAGGAUUAUUUGCAACAGCGACGAUGCAUGUAAUAGUGGUCAUAUAUGUGAAAAUAGAAUAUGUAAACAAGGUUGUCGCGAUGACAAUGCUUGUAAUAAUGAUCAAGCCUGUGUGGAUGGACAAUGCAAAGAUCCUUGUAAAGAGAGUAAAAGUUGCGGAAUUUGUGCUCAAUGCA